AGGAAACCCACAGGAGUGGUGGAUGGCACCGUCUGCCUAGAGGCCUGGAUGCGAUGAACGCCUCAUGUAGGCAUCAGCAUGGAAAGCUGUGAGUCUCCCGUGGUUUCUGGGACAGACGAUGGGCUCGGUUCCUCCACCACCUCCCAACAGCAGCAGCAGCAGCAGCAGCAGCAACAGCAGCAACAACAACAACAACAACAACAACAACAACCACCACCACCACCACCACCACCACCACAACAGCACCCCACCCAACCCUGGAACGAUCUGUCUAGCUCCUCCCAGGUGCCCCCCAGCAGCAGCAGCCAGCCCCCUUCCCUGGAGCCCCUGUCUCUCUCCGCCCCGUACCCCAACCAGCACCCGACCCCCAGCGCGCCUCGAGAAGGCGUGAGAGAGCCGCAGCAGCAGCAGCAGCAGACACUGACCGCAGCCCCGGCCGGUGGCGACAGCUCCGCGUCCGGCCAGCAGCGGCUGGAGGAGGACGAGCGGGAGGGCGGGAGUUGCGAGGAGGAAGACGAGGAGGACCUGGAGGACCUGGACGAGAUGGAGAUCGACAGCUGCUUCCCGAGCCUGCAGCCCUUCCCCGGGAUGAGCAUCGCGCCCGGCGGCGGAGGCGGCAUGCCCACGCUCCUGCGCCAGCAGCCCGGCCGACGGAGGGGCGCCACGGCGGCGGCCGAGAGCGCCAGCGAGGAAGGAGAGGAGGACGAGGAGGAGGAGAGCAGCGAUGUGGAGAACCUGGCCGGCGAGAUCGUCUACCAGCCCGACGGCUCGGCCUACAUCGUGGAGAGCCUCAGCCAGCUGAUCCAAAGCGACGGGGGCAUGCCGCCCGGCCUGCUGCCCACAAACUCUCUCCCCAGCGCGGGGAACCCGGGCGAGCCGGCCGGGACCUCGUCCUCGGUGUACCCCCAGAUCAUCAACACGUUCCACAUAGCCUCGUCGUUCGGAAAGUGGUUCGGCUCUGACCAAGGUUACCCCAGUACCUCAACCCUGGCGGGACUCAGUCCUGUCCUGCACAGUUUCCGCGUCUUCGAUGUGCGGCACAAAAGCAACAAGGAUUACCUAAACAGCGACGGGUCUGCCAAGAAGUCCUGCGUAUCCAAAGAUGUACCAAACAACGUGGAUUUCUCCAAAUUCGACGGGCUGGCCCUCUACGGCAAGGGGAAGCCCAUCCUCAUGUGUUUCCUGUGCAAGCUGUCCUUCGGCUACGCACGCUCCUUCGCCACCCACGCCGUCCACGACCACCGCAUGACGCUGAGCGAGGACGAGCGCCGCAUCCUCGGCCACAAACACGCCUCGGCCAUCAUCCAGGGCAUCGGCAAGGACAAAGAGCCCCUCAUCAGCUUCCUGGAACCAAAAAACAAGAGCUCGCCCGCACCGCCGCCCUCCCUGGGGCCCAUGAACGCCGGCCAGAGCUUCUACGGCACGUUCAGCGGGGUCCACCUGGAGUCCGGCGGAAGCAGCGGGGGGAGUGAGGUCCACCUCGGCAAAGACUCCGAGUCCAGCCUCCAGCAGCAGCAGCAAGCCCUCCUCGGCAUGGGGGUGCUCGGACGCCCCAAAACCCCUUCCCUCACCUCGACCCCAGGCCCUGCCAAAGACUCCGUUGCCCUGCCCAAGACGCAGGGGGGGAGAACAGAGGGGCCUGCCGGGAAAGAGGGGACUUACAGAGGGGACGACGGGGAAGGGGAGGUCCGCGCGAGCAAGGCUCACCUCCCAGGCGAGGAGGCGGGCUCGGAAGAGGACGAACUGUUACUAGAGGAAGAGAAAGACGAGGGGGACGACGAGGGCACCUCUCGGGCCUGCGUCGGCGGCGGUAGCAGCAGCAGUGACGGCGUCAGUGGCAGCGGCAGUGGCGGGCAAGCGGGGGAACCGGCUGUCUCAAACCAAAGCAUUUCCAAAUCUCCUUUAUUAAUGCCUAGUAGCGCUUUCCAGCCUCCCAGCUGCCCCACCGCGUCCAGCCCCACGCUCAGCAGCAAGGCGCCGCCCGCCUCCUCUUCGGACGCCUCGGCCACCACCACCGACGGCGAGGGGAGGCUCCCGGAGCUCCCUCUGAGCUUUAACUGCCAGGGCUCGGCCAUGUCGGCCACUUCCGCCGGCCGAGGAGGGAGCGAGGAGGACGGUCCGGCCGCGUGCUCGUCGUCCGCGGGCACCUCCUCGCCCCUGGCGUCCAGCGCAGCAGCAGCGGGCGCCUCCUCCGGCUCUGCCAGCGCGGCGGCGGAGGAAAGUGCCAAUCGAGAUAGUGCCACAGCUCCAGAACCAAACGAGUGCCCGGCCGACGGGGAGGAGGACGGCAACGGAGGCGGCCUGCUGCACCACCACCACCUGCACCACCACCACCACCACCUGCACGCCUCGGCCCUCGGCCACGGCCACAUGCACCCGCACGACCUGCUGGGCCUCGGCGAGUGCUCGCAGAACCACGCCGGCGGCGGAGGAGGGAUCGGCGGCGGAGGGAACGGAGGCAGCGGCGUGGAGUGCCCCAAGUGCGACACGGUCCUGGGCUCCUCGCGCUCCCUGGGCGGUCACAUGACCAUGAUGCACUCGCGCAACUCCUGCAAGACGCUCAAGUGCCCCAAGUGCAACUGGCACUACAAGUACCAGCAGACGCUGGAGGCCCACAUGAAGGAGAAGCACCCGGACUCGGGCGGCAACUGCUCCUUCUGCACCAGCGGGCAGAGCCACCCGCGCCUGGCGCGGGGCGAGAGCUACACCUGCGGCUACAAGCCCUUCCGCUGCGAGGUGUGCAACUACUCCACCACCACCAAGGGCAACCUGAGCAUCCACAUGCAGUCCGACAAGCACCUGAACAACAUGCAGUCGCUGCAGAACGGAGGCUCCAUCAACACCUCCGGCGAGCCCGUGUUCGCUCACGCCCCCGGUGGAGGGGUGGUGCAGGUGCCGUCGGUGUCCCAGGCCAGUCCGCACCACGCCGCGCCACACCAACACCAACACCAACACCAACACCAACACCCGCACCACCACCACCCGGCGCCCUCUAGCGCCCACAUGGCGGCGGGCUCCUGCGGCACGCCCUCGCCCACCAAGCCCAAGAGCAAGCCCACGUGGCGCUGCGAGGUGUGCGACUACGAGACCAACGUGGCGCGCAACCUGCGCAUCCACAUGACCAGCGAGAAGCACAUGCACAACAUGAUGCUGCUGCAGCAGAACGUCACGCAGAUGCAGCACGGGCGCCUGGGCCUGGGCGCCAUGGCGUCGCCCUCCGAGGCCGAGCUCUACAAGUACUACCUGGCCCAGAACAUGAGCCUGCCGCCGGGCCUCACCAUGGACCCCACCGGGCCCGACGCCCAGUUCCUGCUCGGAGGCUUCCACCUGGACCCCAACAUGGCCGCCCUGGCCCCAGCGCUAGUAGGCGGAGACCUCCCGAUGGACAUGCGCCUGGGCGGCGGUCAGCUGGUGUCGGAGGAGCUGAUGACGCUGGGCGAGAGCCUGUCGCAGACCAGCGACCCGUCGCUCAAGCUCUUCCAGUGCGCCGUGUGCAACCGCUUCACCACCGACAACCUGGACGUGCUGGGCCUCCACAUGGGCGCCGAGCGCAGCCUGCCCGAGGAGGAGUGGCGCGCCGUGCUGGGCGACCAGCACCAGUGCAAGCUGUGCCACUACACCACGCAGCUCAAGGCCAACUUCCAGCUGCACUGCAAGACCGACAAGCACGUGCAGAAGUACCAGCUGGUGGCGCACAUCAAGGAGGGCGGCAAGGGCAACGAGUGGCGCCUCAAGUGCGUCGCCAUCGGCAACCCCGUGCACCUCAAGUGCAACGCCUGCGACUACUACACCAACAGCCUGGAGAAGCUGCGCAUGCACACCGUCAACUCGCGCCACGAGGCCAGCCUGAAGCUCUACAAGCACCUGCAGCAGCAUGAGAAUGCGGUGGAGGGCGAGGCGUGCUACUACCACUGCGUGCUGUGCAACUACUCCACCAAGGCCAAGCUCAACCUGAUCCAGCACGUGCGCUCCAUGAAGCACCAGCGCAGCGAGAGCCUGCGCAAGCUGCAGCGGCUGCAGAAGGGCCUGCCCGAGGAGGAGGAGGAGCUCAGCGCCAUCUUCACCAUCAGGAAGUGCCCGUCCUCCGCCGCAGACUCAGGAGAACUGAGUGAGGAUGUGGAGGCUGCCAGUGAGAUCACUACAGAGCAGGAGGACCAAACCAAAGACAGAGAGAGUGGGGGGGAGAAGGAGCUCACCAAAGGGACAGCAGCAGCAGCAGCAGCAGCAGCAGCGGCAGCAUCGGCGGCAGCAGCAUCAGCAGCAGCCUCAUCCGUGGCCACAUCCAGCCAGUCCGAGAGGGAGCGGUCGGAGUCCCCGGCCCCCUCCAAGCGUCCGUCCUCGAGGUCCGGGGCGGCCGCUGAGAGCCCCCUGUCCUCCAAGCGUCCCAGGACGGCCGACAAGAGCGCUGGAGAGCAGAUGUACCAGUGCCCCUACUGCAAGUUCACCAACACUGACCUGAACCGGCUCAGGAUGCACGUGAUGACGCAGCACUCCGUCCAGCCCAUGUUCCGCUGCCCGCUCUGCCAAGACAUGCUCAACAACAAGGUCCACCUGCAGUUCCACCUCACGCACCUGCAUAGCGUGGCACCUGACUGCGUGGACAAGCUCAUCUCCACUGUGGCAACUACAGAAGCAUUGCCAGCAAGCAUGUUCAUACCAGUCCCCAGUCCGGAAAGGGAGGCACAAAGCACCCCCCAGUCCUCAGCCAACACUGGCAGUGAUGACAUUAAGAAACAGACAGAAACCUUGGAUGCUGAGCCUGAGAAAGUUACUUUGUCUGCAGAAAUGACUGAAACUCGCAAGUCGCCUCUGGAGGAACACCAGUCUGGACGAGAGGAUGCAACUGGUUUCCUGUGCUGGAAGAAAGGCUGUAACCAGGUCUUUAAGUCCUCCAGUGCUCUCCAGAUGCACUUCAAUGAAGUCCACAACAAGAGGCCUCAGCUGCCUGUCUCAGACCGACACGUCUACAAGUACCGCUGCAACCAGUGCAGCUUGGCUUUCAAGACGGUGGAGAAGCUACAGCUUCACUCUCAGUACCACGUCAUCAGAGCUGCCACUAUGUGCUGCCUGUGCCAGCGAAGCUUCAGAACCCUACAGGCGCUCAAGAAGCACCUGGAAACUAGUCACCUGGAGCUGAGCGAGGCUGACGUCCAGCAGCUGUAUGGUGGGUUACUGAUGAACGGAGAUCUAAUGGCCAUGGGUGAUCCCUCUCUCGGUGAUGACCAAGGCAUUCUGGCAGAAGACUAUAAGGACGGUGAGGAGAGUGAUCAAGAAGAAAAGCAGAGUCCUACCGGCAGCGAUUCAGGUUCUCUGCAAGAGGAUUCGGGAUCAGAGCCCAAGAGAGCCCUGCCCUUCAGGAAGGGUCCCAACUUCACCAUGGAGAAGUUCCUAGAUCCCUCUCGGCCUUUCAAGUGCACAGUCUGCAAAGAGUCCUUUACACAGAAAAAUAUCCUGCUUGUACAUUACAACUCUGUCUCACACCUGCACAAGGUGAAGCGGGCCCUUCAAGAGACCACUGCUGGCCAGCCAGAGCCCACAAGCAGCCCUGACAACAAACCUUUCAAGUGUAGCACUUGCAACGUGGCAUAUAGUCAGAGCUCCACCCUGGAGAUACACAUGCGGUCCGUCCUCCAUCAGACAAAAGCCCGUGCAGCCAAGCUGGAGGCAGCAGGUGGAAUUCCCACCUCUGCAAGUUCUGGACUAAGUGGAGGGGCCUCCAACACCAUUAGCACUUCUACACCCAGCCCAAUUCCAACCUCCAACUCCAUAUCCAUUUCCAGCAACAGCAGCUGCUCUCCAGCAGGCGUCCAGACUGUGCAGAGCAUGCUAAGUGGCAACCACCAUAGCCAUUUGCACAACACUGACAGCCAUGGGAACUCAGCCAGCCAUCAAUCUCCCUCUGAAAACCACGACAUGAAAAAGAAGAAGUUUGCCGACAUGCUGUCUGCCCGGGGCCACCAGCAACAGCUCCAGCAGCAGCAACUGGCCCAGGCCCAAGCCCAAGCCCAGGCUCAGCUUCAACAAGAGCUCCAGCAGCAAGCUGCACUCAUCCAGUCUCAGCUCUUCAACCCGCUUCUGCAGCACUUCCCCAUGACAACAGAUGCUCUUCUCCCACUGCAGCAACAGCAGCUGCUCUUCCCCUUUUACAUACCCGGGGCUGAAUUCCAGCUGAACCCAGAGAUGAGUCUCAGCUCCUCUCUGGGUCUGAGUAGCUCUACGGCAGCCAUGUUGGAAGAACAAAAGAAUUCGGUCCAGCAGGCCCAGCAGAGCUGUCUUCAGCAGCAGUUGAUGCACCAUCACUUGCAACAGCAGCACCAAGCCCACUCGCAGGCUUCAAGCCAAAUGGCUCUGCUCCAGCAGAGUGCCUCACUCUCACACCAAGUUGAGAAGAAACCAAAGCCGCCUGUUCAUCCAAAUGAAAAAGAGAGGGACCUGCCGAGGGAAAAGGAGAUGAAUGAAAAAAUAGAGGACCAGACCCCUAAAGAUACAAAUGAAAACAUGAAAUCCAAGGAGAAGAAAGACACUCAGCCUGUUGCAGUUACUAUGAAUCAUGAUCCUGGCUUUCCUCCUCCUAGAAUUGCCUCAGAUGCUCGAGGAAAUGCAACCAAAGCCCUUUUGGAAAAUUUUGGAUUUGAGCUUGUUAUUCAGUACAAUGAAAACAAACAAAAGGCACAGAAAAAGCUCACAGGAACUCCAUCAGCAGGUUCAACCGGACCACAAACUAUCAGUCGAGUUGUGGAUCCCAUCGAAGGACUGGAGAAGUUGGAAUGUGAGGCAUGUGGCAAACUCUUCUCCAACAUACUGAUUCUGAAAAGUCAUCAAGAGCACAUCCAUCAGUCCUUCUUCCCAUUCAGGUCACUUGAGAGGUUUGCCAAGGAGUACCGAGAGCAGUAUGAUAAGCUUUACCCAAUGAGACCUCCAACCCCUGAGGCUGCUCCUCCACCUCCACCACCUCCUCCACCUCCCCCUCCACCGCCCCCUCAGCCUCCUCCACAGAGAGCACCGACACCAAAUAUCCCCGUCUCGUCCCCUGCUCUCACUCCCUCAACUGUCCCACCUCCACAGCCCACAGUCACCAUGGCUCAGAUUCCCAUGUCAAUGGACAUGCCUCUCUUCUCCCCACUCAUGAUGCAGCCCAUGUCCCUGCAGUCCCUGCCUUCCCAGAUGCAAGGUCAGCUGUCAUCUGUAGAGCCAGGAUUGGCCUCUGAUCUUGCUCAGCUCUAUCAGCAGCAGCUCACACCGGCCAUGCUGCAGCAGCAGCAGAACAAGAGACCACGCACACGCAUCACAGAUGAUCAGCUCAGGGUCCUCAGGCAGUAUUUCGACAUAAACAAUUCUCCCAACGAGGACCAAAUCAAGGAGAUGGCAGACAAGUCAGGGCUUCCCCAGAAAGUGAUCAAGCAUUGGUUCCGUAACACCCUCUUUAAAGAACGCCAACGCAACAAAGACUCGCCAUACAAUUUCAACAACCCUCCCAUCACUACACUAGAGGAUAUAAAAAUUGACUCUAAACCACCUUCACCUGAGCCUCAUAAAAUGGAAAGCUUUGGAAGCAAGAGGUCCUCAAGGACAAGGUUCACAGACUACCAGCUAAGGGUAUUACAGGACUUCUUUGAUGCCAAUGCCUACCCUAAAGACGAUGAGUUUGAGCAGCUUUCCAACCUGCUAACUCUGCCUACACGAGUCAUUGUAGUGUGGUUCCAGAAUGCCCGACAGAAGGCUCGUAAGAAUUAUGAAAACCAGGGAGACGGAGGAAAGGACGGUGAAAGACGUGAGUUGUCUAAUGACCGUUACAUUCGCACCAACAACCUGAACUACCAGUGCAAGAAAUGCAGCCUGGUGUUUCAACGCAUCUUCGACCUCAUCAAGCACCAAAAGAAACUCUGUUACAAAGACGAAGAUGACGAAGGCCAGGAAGACAGCCAAAAUGAGGAUUCACUUGACCUUUCUCAUGAGUAUUACACCCUGUCUGGGUCUUCAGGCCACACUCCAAUGCCUACAUCCUCAAGCCUCUGCCCUCUCCCCCCAUCCACCUCUGCCUUCUCCCACAUGACAUCCUCAGAGAAAGAAGAGGCCACCACAGCAAACACAUCCAACUCUUUUGACGAGAAGCCCAAGCACUCAGCUGAAACCUCCCUAGAUCACCGGGACAGCCAGCCAAUUCUGAAACAAGAGAACCUGCACAGGUCUGAAACACCACAGCCGAGACACCACUCUAGAGAAGAAAAGCCCCUGAUGGCUCCAAAGAACUCUAAGCGGUCAUCUCCCUCCAUAUCCCAGCAACAACCACAGAGUGGUCCAUCAGCCUCUCAGUCUAGCCAGGUGGCCUCUCAGAGCUCUCACAUGACACUGAACCCUCACCUGUCCGCUGCUUCACAACAACAGCUUGCUCAGCAGAUGAUCCCAUACCAGUGUGAGCAAUGCAAGCUGGCUUUCCCUUCAUUCGAGCACUGGCAAGAGCACCAGCAGCUUCAUUUCCUCACUGUCCAAAAUCAAUUUAUCCAUCCCCAGUUUUUAGAUCGCCCCAUGGAUAUGUCUUUCAUGCUCUUUGAUCCAAGCAACCCUCUGCUGGCAAGCCAGCUUCUCUCUGGAGCCAUGCCACAAAUUCCAAGCAGCUCAGCCACUUCUCCCUCAACACCAACCUCAACCAUGAAUUCCCUGAAGAGGAAGUUGGAGGAGAAAGCGGGCACCAGUCCAGGUGAGAAUGACAGCACCAACAGUGGCGAAGAGCCUCAGAGAGACAAGCGCUUAAGAACCACAAUUACCCCAGAGCAGCUGGAGAUUCUCUACCAAAAAUAUCUGUUGGACUCUAACCCAACCCGCAAGAUGCUUGAUCACAUUGCCCACGAGGUUGGACUCAAGAAGAGGGUGGUGCAGGUAUGGUUCCAGAACACUCGAGCCAGAGAAAGGAAAGGGCAGUUCAGGGCUGUGGGGCCAGCUCAAGCCCACCGCCGCUGCCCUUUUUGCCGUGCCCUGUUCAAAGCCAAGACUGCCUUGGAGGCCCACAUUCGUUCACGCCAUUGGCAUGAAGCUAAGCGUGCUGGCUAUAACCUGGCUCUGUCUAACAUGUUGCCUGACCACGAGGGACUGCAGUUGAAGAUGGACCCUUUGGAUAUCUCAAGCUAUUCUCAGAUGGUCUCCUCCAACAACAAUGAUGGCCAGUGUUCUUCCUUGUCACCUGUAAAAAACUUGGAUUUUUCCCCAAGGGCCCUAAUGAGCCCCACAUCUAUUAAAGUUGAGGGAAUGGAGGACUUUGAAAGCCCAACAAUGUCCUCUGUGAACAUGAGUUUUGACCCAAGCAAACUGGACAAUGAUGACUGUUCCUCUGUGAACACAGCCAUCACUGACACCACCACUGGUGAUGAAGCCAAUGCUGACAAUGACAGUGCUGAUACGAAGCAUGGCCACAACAGCAGUGACAUUCUGUCCAAGUCUGGGGGGACUGCACCCUCCCUUGAAAAUGAGGACCAGAUGUCCUCAGGGCUUGUUAGCCCUGCAACAAGUUAUUAUGCUAAAGAUUACGAGAAUGAGAACAUUAUUGAUUACAGUGAGACCUCGAGUAUGGCUGACCCCUGUUCGCCCAGCCCUGGAGCCUCUGGAACUAAGAGCAUUGACAGCGGAGACAGGCCUGGCCAAAAGCGCUUCCGCACACAGAUGACCAACCUCCAGCUGAAAUUGCUUAAGUCCUGCUUCAAUGACUACAGGACCCCUACCAUGCUGGAGUGUGAGGUACUAGGCAAUGACAUUGGACUUCCAAAGAGAGUGGUGCAGGUUUGGUUCCAAAAUGCUCGUGCCAAGGAGAAAAAGGCCAAGCUCAGCAUGGCGAAACACUUCGGCAUCAACCAGACAUCCUAUGAGGGUCCGAAGACAGAGUGUACACUUUGUGGUGUCAAGUACAGUGCUCGUCUUUCAGUUCGAGACCACAUCUUCUCUCAGCAGCAUAUUGCUAAGGUGAAGGAAACCAUUGGGAGCCAACUUGAUAAGGAGAAAGAGUACUUUGACCCAGCCACUGUUCGUCAGCUGAUGGCCCAGCAAGAAAUGGAUCGCAUAAAGAAAGCCAAUGAGGUAUUGGGCCUUGCUCAACAGCAAGCAAUGCAGCAGGGCAUGUUUGACAGCCCUGCCCUGCAAGCCUUGAACCUUCAGUCAGCUUACCCAAAUCUACAGGGGAUACCCCCUGUUUUGCUGCCAGGAGUCGGCAGCCCUUCCUUACCAAGCUUCAACUCAUCGAACACAGCUUUAACUCCUCCUAAACCUCCAAACCUCCUGAACAUGCCUGGUGCCAGUGUCCCUUCACCCAGUCUCCCCACAUCUGGUUUGCCCAACAAGCCUCCAUCCUCCUCCUCUUUGGCCUCACCAAGUCUGGCUCAAGCCAGCACUUCUGUUGCCCACUCAAGCCCCACAUCUAGUUCAACAUCCACAUCCGCAGCCCCACAGCCAGGGUCUCGGGCUGAACACCAUAAAGAGCGUGAUACUGAAAGAUCCCGGGAGAAGGAAAAGCCGAAGGAGAAGGUCGAGAAGUCUGCUCCUCCUUCAUCGACGGGGGGGACUCCAGCGCCCACCACCUCAGCUGCCAGCGCCAAGAAAGAGAAACCGGAGACAGCUGUUCCUGCCACCUCGAUGCCCACUCCUGGAAUGGAGUAUGUGAUAGACCCUGCCCAGCUUCAAGCUCUUCAGGCAGCCUUGGCAUCUGACCCUACAGCUCUGCUCACCAGUCAGUUCCUUCCAUUUCAUGCCUGGCUUCCCCCAUAUUACGCCCCUCAAAUGCCCAGCGCUCUCCAAGGAGAUCUGCAGCCGAUGUAUGGCAUGGAGAGCCUUUUCCCCUACAACCCAGCUUUAUCCCAGGCUCUGAUGGGGCUUUCCCCAGGGUCCCUGCUCCAGCAUUACCAGCAAUAUCAGCAGAGCCUGCAAGAGGCAUUGCAGCAGCAGCAGCGGCAGCUUCAACAGAUCCAGCAACCCAAAGCGAGUCAAAACUCCGUUCCCACCCAGUCCUCGGGGGACCGCAAAGAAACUGCCAAAGAUCCAGUGAAAUCAGAGGAACGAAAAGGCACUCCCCCAAUUGAUCUUCCUUCCUCUUCCUCUCACAAUAACCUACCCACAGGGCAGCACGAGAUGGAUGGCAAAGGUGCGGACCCCCUUCUUGACCAGUACAUCGUCCCCAAAGCGCAGUACCGGCUGGCAUGCCGUAAGUGUCAAGCUGUCUUCAGCAAGGAGGAAGCGGCCAUCAGCCACCUGAAGUCGAUCUGCUUUUUCGGUCAGUCUGUGGCAAACUUGCAAGACAUGUUGCUUCGUGUCCCCAGCGGCGCAAGUGGAGCAGACGGCAGUCGUUACGACUGCCUCGGCUGCGACACUACGCUAGAGGGGGACAAAGCGCUCAGUCAACACCUGGAGUCGGCCUUGCACAAACCACAGAACAAUCAGCGAUCAGCCAGAAAUGCCAAAGAGCGCACUAGUUUAUUACCUCACUCUUCAGCCUGCUUCCAUCCUAACACCGCAUCUACCUCGCAGUCUGCCACUCAUCCACACAGCACCCCAACUCCCCCCGCCAACGUCAUCAGCCACCAUGCCGUCCCUUCUGCCUCUUCAUCCUCGUGCUCCUCCUCCUUUUCCCCUCUCCUCUCUGCGGCUGCCCCCCUCAGCACCACUGCUGCAGGCAAACCCUGGCCCCAGGCCCCAUUCUCCAGAGCUUUAGCUGGAAAGCCCAAUGCCGCUCCUUCGACGCUGUCAUCUUUUCCUCCAGUAUCCUCACCUUCAACGGUUACCUCAAGUUCAUUGAGCACCUCAGGGGUUCAGACCUCGAUACCAACAGACGUCUUUACUGACGAGUCGGACUCUGACAGCAGUCAGAAGUCAGCUGACAGACUGGGCCGAACAGCCGAGGAGACUCAGCCCAGCUGUCUCAAAGACAGUAGUAGUUGUAGUAGUAGUAAUCUUGCUAGUGUAGGAACAGACUCCAUCAGAUUGUAAAAGAGCUUUCAAUGAUGGACAGUAUUUAAAAAAUGUAAAAGACAAAAAAAAGAAAAACACAAAAGAAAAAAAACAAGACAAAAAAAGAAGCGAUGUUAAAAUAUGUUUAAAAGUAUACAAACCAAUUUCAAAAAAGAUGUGUAAAGACUAACUGCAAUUCCAAAGCUUGUAACCAAAAAUUUAAAUGUUAGUGGAUUGUUUUCCCAUAUCAACAUGCUGGUUUUUGUUUAUUUCAACUCAAAUAUAUAUAUACAUAUAUAAAUGAAUAGAGAAGAUCACUGCAGUUAAGUUUUGGCUUAUGAUAGAGGAAUGCUGUAUAGCAAUGGACUGCCUCAAAGUUGUUUAAAUGGCCCCUAAUCCCUGAUAACAAAGUACAAUUUAACAAGCUGUCCCUUGUUUGCAGAAGUAUUUCCAUAUAAUAGCACAGUCAGCCAGUGGGUACUGUAUGGGAGAAUAGUCUUACAGUUUCUUGCGUUCUAAGCGUUCAAAUACCAAUGGCUUGCUUAAGUAAAACGAAUGAUGUAAUGUCUAUUUUAUUCUCAGGUCAACAGCUCACAAUUUUUUUUUUCUGUUACAGAAAUUCAUUACUUUCUCUUUCUUUCUGUUUUGUUCCUAACAUUUAUGUUUAAAACUUUGUUUUUACUGGCAGAAAGUAUUCAGAAGUAAAGUGAAAGCAUAGCUUUCUGGGCAUUCAAAAAGGAUAGCUGAAUGGCUGGUUUUAAACAUUUGAAAAUCUUUCACAGGGGAAAUUAGCACUCCCUCAUCACCCAGACACGAAAAAGCAUUGCAGACUUGUUGGUGGGGAUAAAAAGAUUUUUUUAAGAAAAAAACUUUCUGUAUUUAUGAUAGAUAUAAACAUUUUUGGUGUUAAGUAGAUUGUUGCAUUGGAAAUGAAUUUAAACAGUAUGGUAGACUGAAAAAUCUUUGUGUACAUUUAGCUUUUGUAUUGUCCAACUUUAAGGCGCUUCAUUUGAUGUUGUCUUGGUCAUUCCGAUAGACUAGAUUAAGGAGCAGUAACUGAUCUAUACUUUAUUUCUGUCUUAUCCUUGCCUUCCUGGCUAACGUUCACCCAACUGCCAAUAAUUGACAAGGCAGGUUCUCUUUUCCUCUCAAGGGUUUUUGUCUGUCUUCUUUUGGGUUGGUGUGAUUCCAACCAAAAAACGAAAAAGAAAUCUGAGGUGUUGAAAAAUUUCAAUUAUUUUUGUGUUACCUUCGUGCACUUACCACUGUCCGACGCCCCCUCCCUCUUUCUCCCUUUUCUCUAUUUCCGUCCCAUCCCUUUUUGAUUUUUAAGCCUUGCUUUUGUAGAUAUGGAGAUGGUUACUACUCCUUGUGCACUACAAAGCAGAUGUUUGUUUUUCAUAGUGUGGCUGCAGUCUGUUUACGGCUUUAUUUUAUUGAUUUUUUUUAUGUCAUAUAUUAAAAUGAAAAAUAAUAAUAAUAAUAAUAAUUCUCACGCUUUAAAAACAAAAAGAAAAUCCAAAGACUAAACACUUUCACCAUUGGUGCAUAAAGAUGAGAAAAGAGGCUUCUUUAUACUUGAGAAUUUGUUGCUGUUUUUAAAGGAAAGAAAACAAAGUUUUAAAAUAAAGGAGUACGCAUCAGAGUUGCCGUUUUUGCUUCUUUGCAAGCAGACAGGUGGCUUUUUUUACGUAAAAUACCAAGAAUACCAAAAACCAAAAAAGGGCCCUUGUCCUUGCAUUGUGGAGUAGCACCGUUACAGAGCCAUUGCAGUUUGUAAGAUAGAGGUUUAAAAAGCUCUCUCUAUUUUUUCCUGUCACACAUUUUUUUUGUUAUUGUUGUUUGUUUUUAAAGAAAAUGUAUAAGGUCUGGUCUUCGAGGACAUAUGUUUUGCUGCUAAUGUAGAUUUUGAGAAGAAGAAUACCUAGAUGCAUGCUCAUUUUGCUUUUUGGCUAAGCUUUAACAAAAAGACAAACAAUAAACCAUUUCCCUGCCUCUGCAACAUCUUUUUUUCCCUCCUUUUUCUUCUUGCAAAAACGGAACUUUGAAGACUGUGAAUAUAUGUUCCAAAGGACAUUUUGGCUGAUUUUUUUUUUUCUUUUUUUCCCAAACAGACCAAUGUUUAAAGCCAAUGAUCUCUAACGUUUGUAAAGAAUAGUGCAUUCCAAAUACCACAUCUGCAUUUGUUGAGUUUGUUUUCUCUUAAGCAAGGACUGAUUCUAUUUCUUUCCUUUUUAUUUGGAUACUAUUCUAUUUUAUCUCAUUUCUAAGAUGACUGUAAGCUGUUGUGUAAAUUUACCAUCGUGGGUUGCUAACAUCUCCACUCAGCUCCCUCGUUUGAAGUUAUGGUCCAGGGGUGUUAGGAGACCCCCAUUGACCAGCAAAGGUUGUUGCUCACUUGAAUGAGAUCAAGUAAUAGUGGUUACCAAAAAUGUACAUAAUACAUGUGGUACAGACAUGUGUCUCACCAGUUUAGUGUCAUCAUGCCUAUCAAUUUAUUACAAGACUCAGAAGGAAAUAAAGGCUGUUUAGCAAGUCUGGAGUGGCGGCCUCCCCACCUGGGAUAUCAAGCGGGGACUUGCCCCAGGUUUCUGCAGGGUGAUAAGCCAUUUCCAUGCAUGAAUUGUGGAUUACAGGUUACCAAGGGACAUCUUCAUUCCAAAGCAUUAUAAGACUGACAAAGGCAGGAGUCUCUUUGAAGAUGUCCCUUGUUUUAUAUGGGAUGGUGAAAAGGUGUUUUAAUGCCUUUAUGUCCAAAGAGGUCAUUCACUCCAACUUCAAUAGCAAUGGAAAAGAAUAUGCUUUACAGAAAUCAUCCUACCCUCCUAUCUCAGAAAAGCAAAACCUUUUAUAAAAAUCUUUUAAUUUCUUCACCAAAACAAAUAUUUAAAUUUGUGAAUUACUGCUCUUGGCCACAAGUGUAUAGCAAGUGUAUUUGGACUAAUUAAUACAUUGCCGCAAUCUCAGAAGUGUGUCUAAAGUGUUGCGUCUCGCAGAGCAAUGUUAUUUGGUGUUAAUACUUGCGCAUGCUAUUGAAAUUGGGUAGAAUUGGUCUGCAAGCUUGCCACUCCUUUCAAGUCCUGUUACCUAGAAUAUUGUUCAUAUGAUUAUUUUUUAGAAUUCUGAUGUUGUACAGAUUAUUUUUGAAUGCUUUUGCUCUAUUUUGGUUUCAAAUAAUGUAAGACAUUUAUUAUUAUUAUUAUUAUUAUUAUUGUUAUUAUUAUUGUUAUUAUUUUCAUAUAUUUCAACUAUUUGUAUGUUAUUUUAUUUUUCUGUAUAUGAUUUCUUUCCUCAUAUAAAUUAAUGUUUAACACCAGCUUUAAAUUUGAAUCGCUUUUUUAUCUUUAAGACCUGGCCACUUUAUGGUGUAAUAAUAUUCCUAUGUCUGCUUGUCUUUUCAACACUGAUCUCCUCUUUCCAAAGUCUUUUUUUGUUUUGUUUGUCUCUGGGCUCUCUUGUGAGAGACAAAGUUAUGUCUUCACAAUCAAUUUAGCCAGCAUGGACUGUGUUAGAGUGUGUGUGUGUGUGUGUGUGUGUGUGUGUGUAUGUAUGUGUGUGUGUAUGUCUGUGUCAUAAGAGCCAGCAUCAGUUUGCAUUUUUAUACUUUUUUUUUUUUUACUUUAAUUUCAAACCAAAUCAUACGGAACUGCAUACCUGGAUCUUCAGAAAGUUUGUUGAGGAUUUAGAUGAAUCAGAUAUUAAAGUAACAAUAAUUAGGAAAUGCGGAGAAUGGUGAUACUGAAGCACUGAGCAGUUUUUAGUCUGAUUCAUUGUAUGAAUGUGGCCAAAGCAUAAUGCAGUUGAACAAAAAAAAAAAAAAAAUGGAAACGGUUCUGUUUGUGCCCCCUUACCAGUGUAUAUUUAUUGUGGCACGACACAUCACAUGGCUGAGAUGCGUCUACUCACAUUGGGAUACUUGAUUUUUGUGGACAUUUUACAGAGAUCGUAAAAGACAGGUUUUGCUGUAGAGGUCAUCCUUUUGCCCACUGUGAAAAAAACAACAUGUAUACAGAUAUAGAUAUAUUUAAAAAGAAGACAUCGACUUUUUUUGUUCAAAAAUGACAAAGAAGGACAAAAAGAAGAUUUGAACUCUGGGAAACUUUGGAGAUGUGUGAGAAGGCUGUGGGAACACCAAACUGGGGCAGGGGAGCCAAAGGCAAGCAGGGGGGGCUGCGGUGGCGGCUCUGGGAGCACCGAGACCUUAUUUGAUCACUGACUAGUCCCCAGUGGGGACGGACUUUGGAGCAGUGAGCAUCUAGUGAAGAGUGAGGAGGAGGAGAAAGAAAAGAUCUCGGUUAUAGCGCUGGACCCCAGUGACUCGAGCCGCCCGCGCUCCCCUAUCCCCAUCCCCACCCCUGACACCCACACACACACACACACACCCCACCCUUGCCCCCCACCUUGUUUCUCUGUGUCUCCCUCUCUACCCUGACUCUGCUUCUGCUUUGAUGGACAUUUUACGCACUUCUGAACAGGAUGGAUAGUGACACUUGCUUCUUUUUUUCCUCCCCACCCCACCCCUCAUCCACGUUGUUGCUACCUGUUCCAUUUCCCCCUUUGCUUGGCUCACUGAUUGCCGAAUGGCGCUCCGUUUUCGUGGUCAGAGGGGGCGGACUGACCCACACCCACGUGUUACGGAGCCGGACGAUCUCAUCCUUCUCAUAUCCAUCGAAAGACAAUUCAAAAACGCAAUGGGGUUGGGAGGGUGUUUUUUUUCUAGGCUGUCAUUCCUGAAGAAGCAGUUGAACACAUACACAAACAAGCGAAACAACCAAAAUUAACAACCAAACUAACAAACAACCAAACCAUGUGCUCCAAUUUCAAAGAUGAACUGUUGCUGGAGCUCCCUGUUCCCUUUGUGACUCCUGGUGCCACAAUGUUACUUUAUUUUUUCUGUUUUUAAUCCUUUCUUUUACUCUUUUAAUUUUGUUUUACUUUUUUUUCGGUUAUUCCUCCUACGAGCCUGACAGACAAGGCUCAGUGGCUCCAGGUAGCCCACCCGAGGGUAGAAAAAACAGCCUUGCAAUGUACAAAAAAGAGCAAGUUAAACCAAAAAUGUUGUUCUUGAUGUCUUUUCUAUACUGUAGUCUUGUUAGCUUUUUUGUUACUGUAAUUAUAUGAAGAUUUCCAAACUGUACCAAAUUACAUGGAGACUAACAGACAUACACCACGUGGAACGUCAGACUUUUAAAGAAAACUUUUGUCACAAAACCUUGUUGUCCUAGUUAAGUUGAUUGUAGAUGGUAAUUGAAUAUACUCCUUUGAAAAUAUUUCAUCAAGUAUGUUUCUUGCUCAUUGUGAUACAUUAAAAAUUAUGAGCAUAAAA